AUGAACACUAGAAGGAAUGCUGGUCAAGGGAGGGGAGGAGCAACUGCUGGGGGUAACCAAGUUCCACCCCAGGUUCCAGAUGAAGGAGUGGCUAUACCAGUUAACCCAGAUGGGUUGACUGAUGCAGAGGUGCGAACCGCUCUCGCUCAGAUCGCUCAAGCCAUCACUAUGCAGGCCCAGGCAGUGACAGCCCAGGCCAACAUCGAAGAUGUUCAGUGGGAGAACCCACCCGAGUUUAUGGAUGAGGUACAUAAGAUCUUGGUUUCCAAGGGGGCCACAGAUACUGAGAAGCCUAAGCUGGCUUCCUAUAGGGUCAAGGAUGUUGCACAGUCUUGGAGCAAGAUGUGGCAAGAUAGCCGACCUUUGGGCGGAGUUCUGGUGAUGCGGGAGCUAUUUAAGACAGCCUUCCUGGAGAGAUUUUUCCUCAGGGAGAUGAGGGAGGCCAAGGUUGAGGAGUUUAUCAACCUUAAACAGGGAUCGAUGACAAUCAGAGAGUAUUCCCUGAAGUUUGUGAAAAUAACCAGGUAUGCCACUUCUGUUGUAUCUAAGAGAAGGAAUGAGAUAAGUAGGUUCCUUACAGGAAUCAUGGGAGAUCUGGAGGAAGAGUGUCCAUCUACGAAGCUCCACGAUAACAAGGACCUCUCCAGGUUGAUAGUACAUGUUAAGCUGGUAGAGGACAGCCGGAAGAGGAGGGGUGUCUGUGAUAUUAGGAGGCCUAAACCUUUUGAUCAGGCAGGUCCUAUUAAUGGUGGAACAAGAACAACUUUGGCAUCCGUGAGCAGCCCAAAUUCAAAAAGGCGCAUCAGAGUUCGAGGAACUCUAACUUUCAGAGUGUGA